UUUUGGGAAGUGAUAAGUGAAGAACAUGGGAUCAACGCAACAGGCAUUUACGAAGGAGACAGCAACAUCCAACUGGAGAGGGUCAACGUCUACUUCAACGAGGCGCACGGUGGUAAAUAUGUCCCCAGGGCCCUACUGGUGGACCUGGAGCCUGGCACCAUGGACAGUGUAAGAGGAAGCCGCAUUGGGGCCCUUUUUAGACCAGACAACUUCAUCCAUGGUGAGAUAAUCAAUAAUAUGCAAACUCUGAAACUAUGAAACUUUCUGUCUCACAUUUCUGUGCUUUUGAUUUUCAUGACUUUUUGAGAAAGGAGGCUAUAUGCAGUUUACUAUAUUAUACACUACAUGUUGUGCUUUGGAUUUAGAAAGCUCUUGAAUAGAGUUGUACAGUGUAAAUGUUAUAUUAUUUUUAGAAUAUUAGCCUUGCAGUAAGAAAAUAAUAAGGUUUCCAUCUUGGCUUCAUUUAAAAAAACAAAACAACAAAAAACUGAAUUUGACUUAUUGAAUUUCAGAAAGUAAAACUGGU